UCUUACUGCAGCGGCUCGUGCUCCUUAGCAAUCAUUUGUGCCUGAGCUGCUUUAUUUGUCUGCCUCUAAUACAGAGGCUGCUUAUUUGGCAGUUUCUCAAGUUACUCCCCUCAGGCAGCUUGAGCCAGUAAAACUAGAUCCUUUCAUCUCGCUGGAGCUUACUGACAACCAGCCGUCUGGUUUCCUAGGAAACAAAAUCUUGGCUAGAAAUAGUGAAUCAUUUCCAGGUCACUUUCAACAUGGAGAGUGGAGCAGGGAAGCAUUGGACUGAGGAGGAGGUUAAAGCCUUGCUAAGCGUCUGGUCAGAGAAAAAUAUCAGAAAGCAACUCCAUGGCACCCUGAGGAAUAAAGGAAUAUUUAUCUACAUUGCUAAAAGGUUGCAGGAGUUGGGAGUUUGCAGAGACUGGAAACAGUGCCGUGCAAAGUAUAAAAACCUGAAGUACGAAUACAGAACGGUUAAAUAUGCCCACAACUCUGGGGAUGUCACCAAAACCAUGAAGUUUUUUCAUGACCUGGAUGCCAUAUUGCGAUAUGAACCUGUCACGCAAUUAGCGGCAGAAGAAAACGGCAGGUGCUCUGCAACUGAGACGCAGCUCAACACAAGCCCCACAACCGACAGCACGCAAGGUGAAAUAUCAGUUUCUUUAGAAGAUGAGGAGGAUGCUCCAGGAGAUCCACUACUCUUUAUGUCCCAUGUCAGACCAGUUCAACUAGGUAAUCCAGCGCCAGCAAUAGAGGCUUCCAAAACACCGACUUUUAUUCCAACAGUAGCAAAUGAAGGAGGAAAACACUGGACUGUUAAUGAAGUCAGAGCUCUGAUACGCAUAUGGUCAGACAAAAGUAUCCAGCAACAACUGGAGGGGACAGUGAGAAAUAAAAGAAUAUUUGAACAGGUUGCUGCCAGACUGCAAAAGUUUGGAAUUGACAGGGACUGGAAGCAGUGCAGGACAAAAUAUAAAAAUCUGAAACACGAAUACAAGAGUGUAAAAAAUGCCCAAGACUCAGGGAGUACAAGUAAAACUAUGAAAUUUUUUAAUGAACUGGAUGCUAUUCUGGGGCACAGCACCAUGGAACAAGGAAGUAAAUCAGAUAAUGAUGAAAGUGGGAGGCCUCCAGAAUGGACUGAAGCAAAAUCAGAAAAGGACUGCAUAGAAAUGCCUGGAGACCCCGCUGAAGAGGACUCUGUUAGUAAUGUGUCAGAAGACCUACGGGUUGCAGAUAUAAAGAAAGUUUCUGACUCAGAAAUCCUUGAGGAUGAGGAGGACUUCACUAAUUCCACCCAGACAGCUACACAAAUAAAGAAGGAGACGAUUGACAUAGAUGAUGAUUCUAUGAGCACUACCUCAGAAGACAGAUCUUGUACACCAGUAGCAAAGCGGCUAGCUGGGACAGAUAAUCAAAUUCCCUUGGAUGAAGCACAAAAUCACUUUAAAGUUAUUACUGUUAAUGAUACUGGAGCAGGAAAACACUGGAGUGAUAAUGAAGUCAAAGCUCUGAUAAACAUAUGGUCAGAUGAAAAGAUACAGCAAAUGCUUGAAGGAGCCACACGAAAUAAAGAAAUAUUUGAGGAAAUUGCCAGAAGGUUAAUGAAACGUGGAAUAGACAGAGACUGGAAACAAUGUCGCACAAAGUACAAGAACUUAAAAUACGAAUACCGAGCACUGCAGAAAGAAAAUGAGCAUCAUGGUAAUCCCAGGAGAAAAAUGAGGUUUUACGAUGAAGUUGACUGCAUCUUAAGAAGACAGCCUCUAGGCCCAUCAGCCUGGAGGCGUGAAAGUUCCAGCCUCCUAUCAGGUUCAGUGGGAGAUGUUACGUCAAACACAGGAUCACUGGGUGUCAAGAGAAAAACAUGGAAUGAUGAAAUGUCACCUGUUCCACUCAAGAAAAGUGCUUCUGAAAAUACCAUAUUCCAGGUUCAAAGACUAUUAACAGAGAAAGUGCAUACAGUAACCGAAGGCAAAAAGUUACUGCUAGAAAGGCUUUGUAAGCAGGAAGAAAUGCAAGACCUCAGCAGAUCACAGCUGUAUGGUGAUCCAUCAGCCGUACAACAGGUUGGUUUACUGAACUUUCUACCAAACUAGCAUGCAGAGAGAUUCUUAGACAGUAGGAAAUGAAGUAACUUCUUUGUGAAUGUGGGUCACUCAUAUGAGUAUCUGGUUGCUCCCCUUUUAUAUAUUCACCAUUAGUCAUUUAAAUUAACGCAAAGUAUGAAUUUCCAUCAUAUUUCUUGACAGUCAGCUU